GAAAUGUCCACCUCAACACAGAAUGAAUCGCAAUCGGAACAAAACAAUCAAGGUUCGAGGAGUAUCGAAAUCAUCGAGCCACCUGCAGAUACCAUAAUUAGAACUUUCAAUGAAAACACAGCACGUGCGGUUUCCAAGAAUGGGUCUGAGUUGGAGAGGAAGCUCAUUGACCCUAACCCGAAUGAUGCAAGAUUGAACUUUUUGAGAAACUCGUCAGAUCCUUGUCACGCAUAUUACAAGCACAAGCUUGCUGAACACGUUACUCGGAUUCAAAACGGAGCUACUGAAGGACCAGAUAUCAAAAUCUUUCACGCACCUCCAUAUGUCACAGCUACAACUAUCUUCGAUACAACGGCACGUUUGGUUUCCAAAUUCGGGUCAGAGUUUGAGUCGAUGGUUAGGGACUCUAAUACGGAUGAUGCAAGAUUCAACUUCUUGAAUAGCUCUUCUGAAGAAGAUCCUUGUCACGCACUGUACCAGCAAAAGCUUGCUGAAUACUCAUCAGAUCCUCGUUACUCGUAUUACUCGCACAAGCUUACUGAGUACCUUGUUCAGAUUCCAAAAGGGAGCUACUGAUGUUUCAGAACCUAUGGAUAUCAAAAUCUUUCAUGGGCCUCUAGAUGUCAGACGUUCAACUAUCGUCGACAGAGCAGCAUGUCUGGUUUCCAAAUACGGAUGGGAGUUUGAGUUGAUGGUCAUGGCCUCUAAUACAAAUGAUUCGAGAUUCAACUUUUUGACGAGCUCACCAUCAGAUCAUGUUUAGUCAUUUUACCAGAAAAUGAUUGGUGAAUACUGUUAUCUGGAUCAUGAUAGAGUUCCUGAUUUUAAGCCCUAUCCUGAGUCUUCUCAAUCCGGGGUUCAGUCUCAAAGUUGUUCUGCCUUAUCAUUCUACAUUGUAGACUUCUUAAAGGGAUGACGCUCAGGGAGCUUGACACUGUUAAGGUCACAGCGCAGUUUGUUGCCUUGUGUGGGGAUGAUUUUUGUGGGGAACUGAUGGAAAGAGUGAUCAUGGUGAA